AUGAAGCUUUUUGUGGCUGUUCUCCCUCUUCUCGUCGCUGCAGCUUUGGCUGAACACGAUCUGGAGAAUCUGGAGAGUUUCCUGAGACGUUUGGACCGUAGCGUUAAAGUCAACCUGAACCUCAACUUGCACUCCGGGCUGCCCUCUUUGCCUGAUAUUCUGGGUCUUCGCGAAGGCGUUCCGAAUAUUCCUAGGCCGUUCGUAAAGUCGCUGGAAUGUUUUCGGCGACAUGCACUCCGCGUUUUCUUGCACAGUGCACGUCGCUGAAAACAUUCCAACGACUUUACGAACGGACUGAUACUUAUGAGAGGAAAUUAGGCAAUCUAUACCAGUCCCGCGUCUGGUGCAUGCUGAUCCGAGUUUGGACGAAGACGAUGACAUUGAGGAUUUGAAUAAUCUGAGUAAGUCUGAUCUCUGGGGUUUUAUGUUGAAAUAGUUUUUUUUUCGUUUCCAAAGUAUUUUUGAAUCGCCUUCUAAACUUUGUAUAAACCAAAUCACCAGUUCCUCAUAUUUUCAGACCUCGGAAACCCUUUGUCUCGCCCAAGAAGGAACAAAGGCUACGACAACUUCUAUUUCCUUCCGUCCCGCGGAUGA